AUGUCCACUAAUCAAGAACUGAAAAUGAAUAACCCAUUCCGUCGUCAUUCACGUCGUAAAUCUUCAAUGGAUGAUUAUGAUCCCUUUUCACAUCCUGAUGUUUAUUAUGGUCCACAAACUGAUCCACAAAAAGCUUCAAAAGAUUCAAAAUAUGCUAGAACAAGAACAAUGAGUGUUGUUGAUACUGGUAGUACUUUAAGAAAUGAAUUUAGAAAUGAAAUUAAAGCUGAUAUCAAGAGACGUGGUUCUCAAGAUGAAGCUGGUUUUAUUAAUGGUGGUCGUGGUAGAAGAUUUUUCAUUAGUGAUAUUAAUGCAACUUUAAAAGAAUUAUUAGAUAAUGAAGAUACUGAUCAAAAUUUCCAAAUUACAAUUGAAGAUACUGGUCCAAAAGUUUUAAAAUUAGGUACUGUUAAUUCAAAUGGGUUUAAUCAAAUUGAUAUUCGUGGUACUUAUAUGUUAUCAAAUUUAUUACAAGAAUUAACAAUUGCUAAAAGAUUUGGUAGAAAUCAAAUGAUUUUAGAUGAAGCAAGAUUAAAUGAAAAUCCAGUUGAUAGAUUAUCAAGAUUAAUUUCUACUCAAUUUUGGAAAAAUUUAACAAGAAGAAUUGAUUCUAUAAGUGUUGCACAAUUUGCAUUAGAUACUAAAAUCCCUUCAAAUCCAAGAAUUUAUGUUCCUUAUAAUCGUCCAGAACAAUACGAAUUUUAUAUUAAUGCAUCAAAAUUACAACCUGAUUUACAUUUAGAAGUUGAAUAUUUACCAAAAGAUAUAACACCUGAAUAUAUUAAAUCAAUUAAUAAGAAGCCUGGAUUAUUAUCUUUAGCAAUGGAAUCAACUCAUGAUCCUUCAACAGGUGAAGAAACUUUAGUUUCAUUCCCAUAUGUGGUUCCAGGUGGUCGUUUCAAUGAACAAUAUGGUUGGGAUUCUUAUAUGGAAACAUUAGGUUUAUUAAUUAAUAAUAAAGUUGAUUUAGCUCGUGGUAUGGUUGAACAUUUCAUAUUUGAAAUUGAACAUUAUGGAAAAGUAUUAAAUGCAAAUAGAUCAUAUUAUCUUGGUCGUUCUCAACCACCUUUUUUAACAGAUAUGUCAUUUAAAGUUUUUGAAAAAAUGGGAGGUAUUAAAAAUCCUGAAGCUUUAGAUUUAUUAAAAAGAGCUAUAAAUGCCGCGAUCAAGGAAUAUUCCACUAUAUGGGCUGCAAAACCAAGAUUAAAUGAAAAAACUGGAUUAUCAUGUUAUCAUCCUGAAGGUGUUGGAAUCCCACCAGAAACUGAAGCUUCACAUUUUGAUAGUGUCUUGGGUCCUUAUGCAUUAAAAUAUGAUAUUACAAUUGAAGAAUUCAGAGAACGUUAUAAUAAUGGUGAUAUUAAAGAACCUCCAUUAGAUGAUUAUUUCUUACAUGAUCGUGCUGUUAGAGAAUCUGGUCAUGAUACAAGUUAUAGAUUAGAAGGUAUUUGUGCAGAUUUAGCAACUAUUGAUUUAAAUUCAUUAAUUUAUAAGUAUGAAGUUGAUUUAGCAUAUUUCAUUAAAGAAUUUUUCAAUGAUGAAUUUAAAGCUGAUUUAUUUGAUAAUAAAAUUUAUGAUUCCAAGUAUUGGAUUGAUAAAAGUGAAUUAAGAAAAUCAAAUAUUAAUAGAUAUUUAUGGAAUGAAGAAAAAGGUUUAUUCUUUGAUUAUAAUGUUAAAUUACAAAAACAACAUACUUAUGAAACUGCAACUACUUUUUGGUCAUUAUGGUCAGGAGUUGCUUCAAAAGAACAAGCUUUAAGAUUAUCUGAAAAUGUUCAUAUUUUUGAAGAAUUAGGUGGAUUAGCUGCUGGUACUGAAAAAUCAAGAGGUGAAAUUUCAUUAGAUAGACCAAGUAGACAAUGGGAUUAUCCAUUUGGUUGGGCUCCACAACAAAUUUUAGCAUGGGUUGGAUUUGCUAAAUAUGGAUAUGAAAAUAUAACAAGAAGAUUAUCAUAUAGAUGGUUAUUUUUAAUGACUAAAGCAUUUGUUGAUUAUAAUGGUAUAGUUGUGGAAAAAUAUGAUGUUACAAGAGCAACAGAUCCUCAUAGAGUCACUGCAGAAUAUGGGAAUCAAGGUUCAGAUUUUAAAGGUGUUGCAACUGAAGGUUUUGGUUGGGUUAAUGCAAGUUUUGUUGUUGGUUUAACUUAUUUACCAAAACAUGCUAUAAGAGCAUUAGGUUAUACUACACCUCCAGAAGUUUUUUUCAAAAAUAUUAGAACUGAUGAAGAAAGAGAAUCUUUUGGUUUAAAACCUUUAACUGUGGAAGAUAUUCAAAGAGGUGAAUUAAAUAAAAGUCCAUUAGGUAAACCUUUAUUUAAAGCUGAUAAAUCAUUAAAACAACAAUUGGAGGAAACUUUAGAUAAACCUUUAAACAAAUUGGAAAGAACAAAUAGUCAAUAA